AAUGUUGCUAGAAUUUUGUCUGCUCUUUUCUUUACGUUCGUAAGUUUUAAUUGGACGCCAAAGCCUUGACAGACAAGUCUUCGAGCUAACCCUGCUAGCCUAGCCUGCCCAUAGUCCGAAGCAGAAAACCAAAAAGUUUGCUGUCAUGAAACGGAUGAUCAAUUUGAAAGAUCAACGAAUAAAAGAGAAAGAUCGCUCCAAAGCCAAAGAAAAAAAGAAAAAGGACCCUUCAGAGCUGAAGGAGAGAGAAGUGCCCAAGUACGCAUCUUGUCUGUUCUUUCAGUACAACACUCAGCUUGGUCCACCGUACCACAUUCUAGUCGACACCAAUUUCAUCAACUUCUCCAUCAAGGCCAAACUGGACAUUGUUCAGUCUAUGAUGGACUGCCUAUAUGCCAAAUGUAUCCCUUACAUAACCGACUGUGUAAUGGCUGAAAUUGAAAAACUUGGAAUGAAAUACAGAGUUGCGCUCAGGAUAGCAAAGGAUCCAAGAUUUGAGCGUUUACCUUGCACACACACAGGAACAUAUGCUGAUGACUGUCUGGUCCAAAGGGUAACACAGCACAAGUGUUACAUCCUGGCUACUGUGGAUAGAGAUUUAAAGCGACGGGUAAGAAAGAUCCCUGGAGUGCCCAUUAUGUACAUCUCAAACCACAGGUACAACAUUGAAAGGAUGCCAGAUGAUUACGGUGCUCCAAGGUUUUAGUUAUUUAUACAAAUGUGCUAUCCUUGUAAAUAUACAUUUUCUUUUGUGAACAUUACAAUUCUUCAGUGGUUUGAACAUCCACUACGUUUCUGUCAAAAAAAUUGGACAGCAGUUGAUUGUGGUGUUUCAUUAAAACCCUUCUGUGCUGAUUU